GCUAUUAUGGGCUACAAAUGGCUGCAAAGACGAGCGACGUACCAGGCGUCAAGGAUAACAGUAACCUACCUGGUGGACCUCCACCUCAUCCCAGAGUAUGUUAAUCAUCUUGCCUCAACCAUCAAUGCUGCUCCUGUUGCUCUGGUUACAGAGCACACAAGGAAGAUGUGUCUUUGAUGAAGUACAGCAGUCGGUCAGAGUUGUAACUCCAAUAACAGGGUCCACCCCCACCAAACACAGUGAGCUGAGCGACAGCCGACCUGUAUUCUCUGCUUCAGAGCAGAUCAGAGCUAUCCAUCAACAUUCUCACUGGACCAGAGGAACCUCUCUUCAGAACCUCCAACCCCAGAGAACUAUAAGGCAAGGCUUGACAGCAAUGGCACCAAUCAGAAUUAAGAUUUGGAUCCCACAGGAGAGUGUCCCCCUGUCUGAGGUGGACAGAGAAAGACUGGAUUCAGCGAUCAACCAAACUGUCAGCAUUGUAUCCAGUCUGCUUUCAGUGAGACACAUUCCUGGCCCUUUGCUUCUCAGCAGAGACAUCAAUAAGUAUUGCAAGUUCAUCUGGAGGAAUGCCAGCGCUGCCAAUUACAACAGGUGUGGUCGAGCCAAUGGCAGCUACAGGAAUGAAACUUGCCUGGAUGUUGUUAUACCAGAUGAGCACCUAAGGGGCUUUGCUGUCUUCCAUCAUCCCGACUCACCAAUCAGCACAGAGUUUAGACGAGAGGGGGCGGGACUUGAUAAUACAGACUUCCUGCUAUAUCUACACAUACAGAACUCUCGCAGAUGCAGUACAGAGCCCAGUAUGCUGGCCUAUGCAGCCCACUGCCAAACUGACCCUCAGGGUCGUCCCCUGGCCGGGACGGUGGUCAUCUGUAGAGACCAGCUAAGGCAAGAGAGAUACAGGCAUGAAACUACGGUGCAGCUAUUGAUCCAUGAGCUGUUCCACGUGUUGGGUUUCUCGAGAACUCUCUUCAGCACCUGGAGGGACUGUUUCCACACUCGCCAAGCUGGCAUAGAAUGCAUCCCUCAUGGGCGGGUGACUAACUUGGAUAACACGGGUCACAUGCGGAUCUAUACGCAGUCAGUUGUCCGAGCUCUACAGGAACACCUAAAUUCCACAGACCCUCAACUGGGAGGUCCUCUAGAAAACUUGGAUGCUGACUUCAGUGGACUUUCGUCCCACUGGGAGGCUCGUGUUCUGCUAGGUUCCAUUAUGGCGGCUGCCCUCGGAGAGCCGUCUACUGUACAGAUAGACCAAAUGACUCUGGCAGCGCUGCAGGACACAGGCUGGUAUUCAGCAAACUCUAGCCGAGCCCAGAGCCUGGUGUGGGGGCAAGGUGAAGGAUCACAUUUUGGUACUCUUUCCAUGUGUAAUGCUAGCACCUCUUCCUACUUCUGCACUGGCAGUGGCCUGGGGUGUCAUUACCAUCAUCUCCACAAGGGGGAGUGUCAGACUGACCAUUAUCUGGAGGGAUGCCGCAUUUACAAACCCUUGGUAAAUGGGAGUGAAUGUUGGAAGGAGGAGAACCAACCGGAUAGCAUGGGAUGGAGUGGAGAGAUCUAUCACUCGGAGAGUCGGUGCUUUUUCUCCAACCUGAGCAGAGAAAACACCUCUCUGAGAGUCUCAGUGACGGGUCACUGUUACAGACACCGAUGUACAGGGAUGCGCAGGUACCAGAUAAAGGUGUUGGACGCAGAGUGGUUGGAUUGUUCACCAGGAAGUGCCAUUGAGGUUCCAGGUUAUGUAGGCGUUGUAUUCUGCCCUGAGAAAAUAUUAUGUUCUCAAUCUGACCAUACCACUCCCGUAAACAAUCUGGACCAUGUCAUUUUUCCUGUCCCGGACUCUUCAGUUGCUGAUUUAUAUUAUUCUCAUGCACAUCAAACAGCAGAUCCCAAUUUGACCUUUGAUGCAGACCUCCUUUCCUCAGUACCAUGGGAAAGUGCAAAGGUCAUUGUACCUGCACUGCUGGCCCUGGCUUCUGCUUUAUCACUCAUCAUUGUUUUUGGAGCAACCUAUAAGGUCUUAAGUGUUCAGGUCAGAGUUCAUGCUGAAGCACCCGAUGUUGUUGUAGAAUUAUCAUGACAGCUUGCAUUUCAGAAGUGAGCCAAAGCAGUAGCUGAGUUUACUUCUAAGAGUAAAUGAAGUUUCCUCCCAACCUCAAUAGGCAAAAAGACAAAAACGGGUAAAGCUCUAUUGCAGUUUUCAGUUAAUUACAUGAUCAUUUCAGCUGUUUAGGUCCAUAUUUGUUCCUCAUGUACUGCAAUCGUAGCCGAAAUAUGUAUUUAUUAAUAAAUACAUUUGUAUUGGUUUAGUAGACAAUGUUCACCUGUUAAAACAACACAGUGGUUUUUCAAAUGCAUUUCUUUUAAUUCAGAAUAAUUGACACUUUUUUAAAAUCAAUGUGUGCUUUUAAUUUUCUGUGCAAUUUUAGCACAUUUUACCAAGUAGAGAUAUGAACUUUUAUUUUGGUGAUGGUGUGUUGAAAC